GUCAACUGGUCGAAGCUUGACGUAUCAAAAGGGCGUCUUUGGAAGAUAGGAGAGGCCGACUUCUCGCGCUCGUCUGUUAGGGUUUCUUCUCCGCCUCUGCGAUCAUCCGCCCGUGUUAUUUAUUGAAAAUGUCAGAACCAGAGGAAUACAGCUGCUUUAUUGGCAGUUUGUCGUGGACAACAACUGAUGGAGGUUUAAAGGAGGCAUUUCAGAAAUUUGGCCAUCUUACCAAGGCAAAGGUUAUUCUUGACAAGUUUUCUGGUCGCUCUCGUGGAUUUGGCUUUGUCACUUUUGAUGACAAGGAAGCUAUGGAAGACGCUAUUGAAGCCAUGAAUGGAAUGGAUCUGGAUGGACAAUCGAUUACCGUGGAAAGAGCUCAACCCCAUGGUCCUGGUCGCAGGGAUCGUGAUUCAGGUCGUGACUUUGAUCGAGAUCGUGCUCGUGAGCGUGGCUGGGGUCGGGAUUCUGGUGGUAGCAGACGAGGUUCAGAUGGUGGUGACUGUUUUAAGUGUGGGAAGCCUGGUCAUUUUGCAAGAGAAUGCCCUUCUGGUGAUGGUGCAAGAGGAGAUAGGUAUAGUGGCAGAGAUGACAGGUAUGGGGGUGGUCGUGGCAGUAAUAACCGAUAUGGACCUGACCGGAAUGGGGACCGCUUCUCUGCACGAAACAGAGAUGGAGGAAGCCAUGGGGGCACAGGAGGUGAUCGAUAUAAUCGUGAUCGGUCUGGUCCAUAUGAUCGGCCUAGUGGAGGUGGCGGCGGCUACAGAACUUGAUCUUAUUGCUUCUGUUACAGGAUGGUGUUGUCUAGCCACUUCAGGGCAUGGACUGGUUCAGAUGUUAAUGUUGCUUUGAUACGGUGCAUGUUCUUGCUGGAAAGCUACUGCUUCUUGAUACUUAGAUGUUUAUGCAUUUGCUCGUUGGAUUCUAUGGUUUGGUAAGAUCUUUUAUCA